AUGCCGUCAAUCGUGGGGGUGGUUUUUUGCGUGGCAUCUGCAGUGACCUACAGUUAUGCCGCAGCAGUUUCCUCCUCAAAAUCUGUCAGUAUCUCGGUAAAUUCAGCUGUCAAAUUCCAAGAAUUGGAUGGAUUCGGCGUCUCGCAGGCUUUUCAACGAGCAGAAGAUAUCUUCGGCAAAGAGGGGCUUACCAGCGAAAACACCAAGCAUGUUCUCGAUCUUCUUUUUAGCAUCGAGAAAGGAGCCGGGUUCUCGAUACUGCGCAACGGCAUCGGCUCCAGCAAUAGCUCACAAAGCAACUUCAUGAAUUCCAUCGAGCCUUCAAGUCCUGGUCUACCGGGCGCGAAGCCUCACUAUGUCUGGGAUCGCAAUGAUAGUGGUCAGUUUCCCCUAGCCCAGGAGGCGUAUGACCGUGGACUUGCUCGACUAUAUGGUAAUGCAUGGUCGGCACCCGGAUAUAUGAAGACAAACGGCGACGAGAACAAUGGCGGCUACCUGUGCGGAGUGACCAAUACUUCCUGUCCGUCUGGCAAUUGGAUGCAGGCAUAUGCCGACUACCUUGUUCAGUGGGCAAGAUUCUAUAAACAGUCUGGGGUGAAAGUGACAAACAUCGGUUUCCUGAAUGAACCCGAGUUCGCCGCCUCAUAUGCUGGGAUGCUGUCCGAUGGCACUCAGGCGGCGGAGUUCAUCCGUAUUCUCGCAAAGACAAUCAAGGGAUCAGGCAUGGAUCUGGAAAUCAACUGCUGCGAUGGAAUUGGAUGGGAGGAACAAGAGCAGAUGAUGGCUGGUCUCCAAGCCGGCCCUGAUCCUGCAGAGAAUUAUCUCAGUGUUGUGACUGGACAUGGAUACAACUCCGUGCCAAAUUUCCCACUGUCGACGAAGAAAAAGACAUGGGUAACCGAGUGGGCUGAUCUCUCGGGUGGCUUUACUCCUUACACAUUCUUCAGCACUGGUGCGACCGGAGAAGGAAUGACAUGGGCGCGCAACAUCCAGGUUGCGCUUCUGGAUGCAAAUGUUAGCGGAUUCUUCUAUUGGAUUGGCGCUGAGAAUUCAACUACUGACAGCGGUCUAAUCAAUCUCAUUGGGGACAAGGUCAUUCCGAGCAAGCGAUUCUGGGCAUUCGCACAGUUUAGUCGGUUUGCUCGACCGGGUGCUCGUCGCAUUGAGAGUAUCAGCUCUGCACCGUUAGUCUAUGUCAGCUCAUUUCUCAACAAGGAUGGGAGUGUUGUUAGUCAGGUCAUCAACAACGCCACCGAAGCAUAUGAUAUCAGUCUGAGGGUUCACUCCUCAUCGAAAAUUAAAGAUGCUCGGCCUUAUGUGACGGACAACGCAAACGACCUGACAGCCCUGGCGCCCCUUCGUGUCGCAAGCGAUGGCAUCUUCAGGACAACAGUUCCGGCACACUCGUUGGUGAGCUUUGUUUGCUCAUAG